AUUUGCAGUAUGAUGAAUAAAAGAGGAAGAAAAGGAAUAAGAAUGAUUAUAUGAUUUACAAGUUCCAUAGGUUGCCUACCUGAUUCACUCGAAAAGUCAGCAUUGUGUUUAAGGUUUGUUAUUAAAACAUGCCGAUUAAAAUAGUAGCAAAAUUGGAUCGUGAAUCCGCGGUGUAUCUUGCUGGGGAAGCUAUACAAUGCAAGGUAAUAAUGCAAAAUAUUGGUAAUGAUGAGGAAUCUUUGGCGUGGGGAAGCGUUCAUGUGCAGUGUGAACGGAUUGUCAGAGCCAAUAAAGCUGAUGUUCCCUCAUCAAGAAAAAGUUCAACGGAAGAAAAAUCGCAAACGAUCGGGACAACCGCAAUGUCACGAUCCGCUUUUACUGUAUUUUCUUGCCGACCGGUUAUUUUGUUUUGUGAACUGGUACUAAAUGUUGGUGAAAGUCGUAGUUUUGAAUGUACGCAGCAAUUACCAUUGGAUUCCAUACCGCCAUCAUUCAAAGGACAUCUUGUGCGUUAUGUUUAUAAAUUGACACUUGGCGUGCAACAUGUUAAAUCACCGAUCAAACUGAUACAUGUUCCACUGCGAAUCAUACAGUCUGACCUUGGAUUAACGUUACCGUCUUCACCGACGCUUGUGAACCCUUUCAUCAGCAAUCACAGUGUUGGACCAUCAAUUGUUGAUUUGGCUGUGGAAGCAGCCGAUUGUCUAACAGCACCUCAUGGAUCUUACAGUUACAAUAUAACAAAUGCAUCCGGUCGAGUUGCCAGUUUUUCACUUAAUAAAAAAGCGUACAAACUAGGAGAAGAUGUCAUUGGAAGGUUCAAUUUCGAUAGUUGUACUGUACGAUGCCUUCAGUUUGUUGUCAGUUUACAAUCAGUUGAAAACUUGGUAAACGAUGAGUGGCGUUCACAUACAUUUGUAACCACCCAUAUGACUGAGCACACUGUUUGUGCAUAUUGGACCGAAGCAACAAUACGAUUGCAUAUACCACUCUCUGCAACAUCCACUUUCUAUACCGAUACGGGCAAGUUUUGAAGGAACGAUUGAGGAUUUUGAAAUUUGAAAUUUUCGUUCAAAGUGUAUCUAUCAACUGCUACUUGUACAUUUGAAAUGGCGCCUCCAUUUCGAAUUCGUGACAUGUAAUGAUUUUAAUGAAGAAGUGGAAGAAGGUCUUUGGCAAGCACCCACAAAUGUUAACAUAGAAACUAUGGUAUGGGAUUUGGAUAUCAAGGUUUUCCCAUGCAGUCCACAUAAUGCGGCUCUUACACUACCAAGUCCAGCUGCAACUGCUUCCAUUGUUGUUUAAUUUAUGUAGAAGGGCUAAGGUUGUAAGUUUUUUCUACUACCAUGCAAAAUGAAAUGCUGAAAAAGAAAGGC